AUACACGGAAGAAAUCUCUGAAUGGAUCGUUCUGUCCAUUCAUAUAUUGGUUGAAAAUCUCAGUGGGAACAUUAAAUAAAUUAAAGGUUGUAAACCACUGUUUAUAUUGCAUGGCAUUUACUUUGCCUUUCCUAUUUAGGCAUGCCUUGAGUAUCAGAAUAUUAUGUAUUUGUAUUGUAUUAUUAUUUAAAUGCACAUGCAUUAAUUCUAUUCACCUUUUCUGUACCACAAAUGAGUAACCCAUUGGAUAGGAUUUUGUAAUUGAUGGCAAUUAGGUUUUAGUGCUAGAUGUUUGAAGCUAUGUUUUAAUUAGCCAAGUCCAUAUGGGAUUAAUUCCCAUGAGAAGGUAAUUAGUGAUUUGAACUUCACAGUCGAAACGCUAACACUGCUAUCGCAUGCUAUUAGGAUAAUUAACAGAUUACAUUUUAAACGCCUGCACAUUUUCAAUGGUAAUUUAUUUGUAUCAGCCUGGAUCUUUUUGAAAUAUACUUGUUGAUGACAAUUUUAUGGCACAGAUAAUAAAUGAACAUGGUACAGGAUGUAUUCAGUACCUCAACAGGCAAGAAUGGAAAAUGAGAGAUGCUGUGGACACAUGCAGAAGAUAGAUAUAGUUUGAUACCAUUUUGUAAGAUUCAGUUUUAUAAUUAGAAAUGAUGUAUUUUGAGGAUUCACAUUUUCUUAGGUUUUCAUUGCACAAUUCUGUUAACUACUAUACCAUACAUUCUCGGAACACAGUUUAAACUACACAAUGGCUUCCACUGACUUAAAUUCUGUUAUUCAUUGCUUUCAUUAUUGCAAACAUACUGUUAAGUAAUAUACCUAGCAUUCCUAAAAUAAUAUGCCUGACUUGUUUACCAAAUGGCACAUUUUGAAGGUGGAAAUUAGGAGGUAGUGUGCAGUGCAAAAUUACAUUGCUUUAAGGCUUCACACCUACCCUACAAAUACCCGUAGAUACCGCCUGAUAUCUCCAAUGGUCAUUCUGAAAGCAGCAGCAUCUUGAGUGGGGUGCACUACACAGUCUUCACUGUUUAAUCAGGAACAAGACAGUGAUUCAGACAAGUGUAAAAAUGAUGUCCUCUUGAGGAUGGCCUUGAUCAGGGAUGAUAGUUCCAGAAUACAGCUCAAAUAUUUUGUAGGUGCUCGUCAUUUGUUUCAGAGCUUUGUCUUGGAGGGCAAGUAGAGUGGCAGAAAUGUUUAGGCAUCUUUCCCAUGGAGAGGAGCAAACCAGGUAAAGGUAGCUCAGACAUCUCAGUCAGUCUCCUUGCUGUAGUCGUCAGUUUCUGUGGGCUUGCCCUGUUGGUAGUCUCUCUCUUUGUCUUUUGGAAGCUGUGUUGGCCAUGCUGGAGGAGCAAAGCUCUCACAUCUCAUGCCAAUAACGCCCCCCAGAAUACCCCCAGCCCACCUGCAGAGGUGGUGGAAACUGAUAAAAAAAAGGAGAUAAAGGAAAACGGGAAGAGUUCUGUGAAGCUUAUGGAGGCUGCCAUGAAGAUUAGCCAGACUUCCCCAGACAUCCCAGCUGAGGUGCAGACAGCUCUGAAGCAGCACCUCAUGAGACAAACCAGAAUGCAGAGGCAGAUUACAGAGCCCACCUCAUCAUCCAGGCAUAAUUCAUUUAGGAGGCAUUUACCUCGACAAAUGCAUGUGUCGAGUGUGGAUUUUAGCAUGGACAGCUUUCAGAGGAGAGAGACAACCAUCAGCAUUGGUCGCAUAAAGCCAGAACUUUAUAAACAGAAGUCUGUCGAUUCUGAGGACAACCCAAAUGAGAACAUCGAAACCUGCGGAAAACUGAACUUCAUGCUUCAGUAUGACUAUGAGAAUGAGAUGCUGAUAGUUAAAAUUAUCAAAGCAUUAGAGCUGCCUGCCAAGGACUUUACGGGGACCUCCGACCCCUAUGUGAAGAUCUAUCUGCUUCCAGACAGAAAAAAGAAGUUUCAGACUCGAGUGCACAGGAAGACUCUUGAUCCCAUCUUUGAUGAGACCUUUCAGUUUCCUGUGGUGUAUGAUCAGUUAAGCAACAGGAAGCUUCACUUCAGUGUGUACGACUUUGACAGGUUCUCCAGUCACGAUAUGAUUGGAGAAGUUGUUGUGGACAAUCUGUUUGAGGUGUCUGAUCUCUCCAGGGAAACGGCUGUUUGGAAGGACAUUCAUUGUGCCACCGCAGAAAGUGUUGAUUUGGGGGAAAUCAUGUAUUCUUUGUGCUACCUACCGACUGCUGGGAGAAUGACACUGACUGUCAUUAAAUGCAGAAAUCUCAAGGCAAUGGACAUUACAGGCUCCUCAGAUCCUUAUGUUAAAGUGUCCCUUUUGUGUGAUGGCCGAAGGUUAAAAAAACGGAAAACAACCACCAAGAAGAGCACACUGAACCCCGUUUACAAUGAGGCAAUCAUCUUCGACAUCCCCCCAGAGAAUGUGGAGCAGGUCAGCGUAGCCAUCAUGGUGAUGGACUAUGAUCGCGUUGGCCACAAUGAGGUGAUUGGGGUGUGCAGAGCUGGGCCUGAAGCCGCAGGUCUUGGGCGCGAUCACUGGAAUGAAAUGCUGGCCUAUCCUCGCAAGCCAAUAACCCACUGGCAUGCACUGGUAGAGUGGCCUCGACAAGCAACUAGUUUCGAAAGUCAAGGGUCCUGUCCAUCACCAAAACCACCCCUGACACCGUAGGAGGAGUUCAAUAAAGUAGACUCUGCUCUUAGAGUGUCACAAGCUACUGUACAUCUGGGGAUCAAACAACUGAUUUUAUUGUUGUUGUUGUUGUUGUUGUUGUUAUUAUCAUUAUUAUUAUUAAAGUGCGGUAGGUUACUGAGACUUGUUAAUGUGGGAACAUGGACCUUUGAAAUAUUACAAAUAAUAUGAUCGUUAAAAAUGCUUUAUUAUUAGGUUUUGUUCGUCUGCAUCAAUAUUGGCUAAUAAAUUAUCUAUGGUGCUGUCAUUUGAUUUGGAUCCCCAAGAGUGUACUUAAAUACAUUACAAAACUACAAAUCAUAUCAAAAUCAUAUCUUGUAAUGUUUUGUAUUGUAAAUACAAUGCAAGCUAGUUGAGGCAUAAAGUAUAGUAUUUAUCAAAUGUAAGUCUUUAUACUUGAAUAUACAUAUAUAUAUAUAUAUAUAUAUAUAUAUAUAUAUAUAUAUAUAUAUAUAUAUAUAUAUAUAUAUAUAUAUAUAUAUAUAAAGCUGUUAUAUUGUGCAGCUCUGUUUAUUGGGUUCUUAUUGAAUUAUCACUGCUUGAUUAUAAGCCUGACAGAACAUUGGAAACGGAACCGGGUUGUUAAUUCUCUAGAAAUCACAGAAAAAAAUAUUCAAAGUGUGAGCGCAUGAAGAAACACGGGCAGAACAGUUUUAUGUGUUCUUAUUAAUGUGCUUUAAAAUUGCGUUUCAUUUUCUCACCUUUCUACCCUUUGUUUUAAAUAUCAUUGAAUAAAGAUAAGGACACAGUGGCUAUGUUUACCUAGAAAGGUACGUGUCUUCCUAUAAUUUACUAUUUUGUUACACACACUUCAUUUAUUUUUUAAUGGAGUGGCAUGACCCUAAAGGAGGUUUCUGGCUGUUUUGGCUUGAUAAACAGUGUGCCGUACCAUUCACUUUGUCAUGUGGUAGGGACAACAAGAAUAAUUAUUCAUGUAACUGCAACAAAAACUGGUCUCAUUCAAAAUCCUUGACUUGUCUUAAAGGCACAGUUACACAUUUAAACAGAUGUUUUUGGCUCUUAUAAGGGUUAUUUUAAAAAUAUGUAUUUUAACUGUUCACUGGCUUUACAAGGAACAUUACAAGGAGCAGGUUUAUAUUAAACACAGUUUGCAGACUGUUUUUUGUAAAAUCUAUAAAGGUAGUUAUGUGUUGAUCAUUACCAUUUAAAUGCAUACACAUUUACUAGUAUAAAUAAUGUUGCCAGAUAUUGAAAACCUUUCACACAGGAAUCAGCUAGCAUCUUGAAGUUGAAUUGCCCAGAAAUAAAGCCCUAAUUUAUAAAGUUUAGAUUGCUGUAAUAUCUAACCAUUAUAUUUCUUGAAGAAAGCCUUAACAGUGGGAUAGUACAAGAAUGUCUGAAAAUGGAAGUUAAAACUGGAUUGUUUUCUUAACAUUUUUAUGUGGUUGUAACAAUGAGUGGUAUAUACAUGCAAAAGUCUGUAUAUCUGCAAACUGGUCAAAUAGCUGCUUAAUAAACCCGUUUUGAGGGUGCAAUUCGAAUCCCGCGCGGUUCUUUUCAUUUUAUAUAUAUAGUGAUGAGCGAUUAAUCGAAAAUACAGUUAAUUUCCGAUUAUUAAAUUAAACCCCGACACUGACUUCGAACGAUCAAUAAACUGCAAAAUUUCUAUCAAAUAUUAUACUAUAAAACUUCACGUUUUCUUUAUGGUCACUCAUCAUAAAAGUUACUUCCGCAUCUCAGCCACUUUCAAUUCUACCGGUUCGCUUCGGGCAGCCACUGAAUCUACUCUCAUUCUGGGAUCUGUAGUCAAGGGAACCUCGAGACCCGCCCUCCUGUAAAGCUCCCAUAAUGCAUACAAAACAGCGUCACAAACAAAAACAUACAGGGAGCGUAGCGUAUCAGAACUCUUCAUUAUAAAUACUUAUCAGAGAAAGAAUGUGAGCGAGUGUUUAAAUACUGUAAUUUCAUAAAUACAAACUAUUUGCAUUUUCUUUACACAUUUAUCAAUCACCUUAUUAAUGACAUUUCGUUCCGCAAGAUAAAAGCAGCGGAUAUUAAUUUAUAUAAAUAGCGUCCGUCCAUGUCAGAUCAAUCACCCCCGAAACUAAAGGUUGAUAUAAAUAUGUAUUUAUAAGUGAGCUCCCCAAAGUUAUUAUAUUGUUUUAUUGGGACUUUCACUUGUAUGUAUCUGUUAUUAUUGACUGUUUCUCAUUUUAGUUUAGUCAGCGAGGCAGGGUAUAUUUUUUAAUAAACAAAAAUGUUUCAAAUUACUAUUUCUUGUAUUACGUUUCAUUUAGUAAUUAUUAAAUGAAACGUGAUACAAGAAAGAAUGGCAAACUGAAACAAAAAUUAUAAAAAUAAUUGUAAUUAUUAAUUACUAAAUUAUUUUUAGAAUAUUUUGUUUCAGGCUGCCAUUCUUGUAUUAUGUUAUAUUUAAUGAGUUAAUAAACUUCCAGCCAUGUAGUAUUAUUAUUAUUAUUAUUAUUAUUAUUAUUAUUAUUAUUAUUAUUUUCAGUUAUGCAGCAUUAUCGACUCUAGAGAGUUAGGGAUUACACCCCGGAGAAUUACGCAAUUACGCAGCCGCCUAAUAUUAAAUAAUAAUAUUGCCGUUAACAGAAAGACAGGAAAAAAUGUUGAUUCACAUUGAGGAUCAAGAGAACAUUGGUCGAUUUUUCCAAAAAAUGCCACUACAAAAGUCCCACAUUGCAAAUAUAUCAGCAAAAGAGAGCAAAUGAUUUUCAUUGCUUAGCUUUGUACACUAUGGAGGUGGCACCCGAUGCGAUCCACAGCGCUCUACCACCAGGAGAAAUUGACGUAGACUUGUUUUGGUCAUCGACAGCUGAUCAUCUUCUUAAUUUGAAAACAUUGGCUUUCAGAUACAUAAAUGCAGUAACAAAUACAGCUGAUGCUGAGAGCAGCAACUCGCUGUAUAAUCUUGUCAGGUCCGAUCAGAGGCGUUCUCUUUCAGAAGACAAACUGAAAGUGCUGGUGUUCCUUUAUUUCAAUCUUGGAAUUUAGAAAGACUUUGUUUAAAAAAAGAUACAGCACCAUUUAGAUUUUUUUCUGUGCAUAAUUCCCUGGGGUUUAAGGGAUUCAAAAGAGCUUAAGAGAAGAUUUCAGGCAGUUGAGAGCAAGAGAGUGCAUUGUCAGAUUGUGUGUGCUUUUCUUCUUUAUUUAAAAAUGGUUUCUGUGAAGUGAUAUUGUUUAUAUAUUGGUUAUGUUGCUUUAGUAGUGACUUCAAUAUAAUGCAUAGUCUAUGGUUUGUAGGUUUGCAAGUGCUGUUGAAAAAGGUUUUAUUGUAGUUUUUAAUUAGAAACAAAAAAACAUUUAAAUCAGGAACCUUUUUGUGACUUUUUGCACCUAAGAAUGAUAUUAUUAAAAUAAUUGUAAUCAGGAUUAUUUUCAAAUAUUGAACCGACAAGUAAAAGUGAUACUCGCUCAUCACUAAUAUACUGUGUGUGUAUAUAUAUAUAUAUAUAUAUAUAUAUAU